CGUUCAUAUCACCACCACAUGUUUACACUCAAAAACUCUACCACUCACUUUCUCUUAUUAUAGUUUUCUAUUCUUAUAGCUCUAUCCACACCCCCUCUUUUCCUUCUCUUUCACGAUAUGCUUCACCAAAAUAUUGCAAUGGAAAACAACUCCGAACUCUUUCAAUUCAUUGUUGCUAACAACCCUUCCUUCUUUGACUAUUCUAAUACUCCUAUGAUGCAACAAAGUUUAUGUAGCUCUUCUGAUAACAACAACAACAAUAACAACUACUAUCACCCUUUUGAAGUUUCUGAAAUCACUGAUACACCCUCCUCCCAACAAGAUAGAGCUCUUGCUGCUUUGAAGAAUCAUAAGGAGGCUGAGAAGAGAAGGAGAGAGAGAAUCAAUUCUCAUCUUGAUCAUCUUCGUACUCUUCUCCCUUGCAAUUCAAAGACAGACAAAGCUUCACUUCUUGCAAAAGUUGUGGAACGAGUGAAAGAGUUAAAGCAGCAAACAUCUGAGAUGACAGAACUGGAAACAGUUCCAUCGGAAACCGACGAAAUAACGGUAAUCUCCGGCGGGGGCGGAGACUUCAGCGGAGACGGUAGACUGAUAUUCAAAGCGUCGUUAUGCUGCGAGGAUCGGUCGGACCUAAUCCCGGAGCUAAUAGAAAUUCUGAAAUCUUUGCGGCUGAAAACAGUGAAAGCUGAAAUUUGCACACUGGGAGGAAGAACUCGGAACGUUCUUGUUGUUGCUGGUGAUAAAGAAGAUAGUAGCAUUGAGUCGAUACAUUUUCUUCAGAACUCGCUUAGGUCGUUGUUGGAUAGGUCGAGUAGUUGUAAUGAUAGGUCAAAACGGCGUCGUGGGAUGGAUAGAAGAAUGAAUAUGCCUUAAAUUAACAGAAUGAAUGACCUCGUUUUCAUUUCCUAGUAAUCAUUCUGUAUCUUCAGUUGUUUGUUUUGUAAUAGGAUUGGUUUGUUUUUCUUGGUUUUUGUUUCUAGGGCAUUGGAAAGAAUAGGGUUAUGAUCAAUGUCAUGUGAUUUUCUUACACAAAUUAGUAUGUGAAUUGGAAUUUGAUGUUUUGAGAGAAGAAACAUUUUAAUUA